AUGUCACACCUCUUCACCAGGAACUUGACCUUCCAGUCCAACAACCUCGGCAAGGAGGCGACGAUCAUGCUCACUUUCGAUGCCGACAUGGAAGGUCUCUACGAGGACUUCUUCCCAGUAGUUUGGAAAGUCAGCACAUUCGGGAAGACGGGUCCAUACGAGGCUCACGCGACCUACACGAGCCAGCUCGCUUUCUCCAAGCCGCAGGUCGUGGAUGGAAACAUCAUCGACGCUGAAACAUCCGUUAAGAUCAAUGUCAGCGAGAAAACAACCCUGACCGUGGCCAACGAUGUCUACCACUUCUCUCCCCCUCAGGCGGGAGUCGCUGGUGUCUUGCAGGCCGUGAACAGCACUGGGGACGUUCAGGACAUUGCAGUCGGUUUGCUUCAUGAGCCAAAAGAGUUGAUGCCCAAGCCCGCACUCUACUUCAACGGUGUCGGAGAUGGCAGUCACGUCACUGCUCGGUUCACUCCGGUUCUGCGCGUUUACGUUACGUCGGACUAUCAACAGACCGCAAUCAUACGAGGUGCUAUCGACACUCCUGCGAUCUGGUCGCAGGACCUCGCUGAGCUCGCUGAGAGCACGACUUGGACGCUCAAUCGCGACGCGGCCACGGGACAUUACACGAUUGUCCAAUCUUGA